GUCCAAUCGGAGGGGGGGCUUUACGUCAUCCAGGCGGGCUUUUUGCAGUGUCACGUGAUCCGCAGAGCGUACGGUUGGGAGUUAUGGAGGAAUAUGCCCGAGAACCCUGUCCAUGGCGGAUUGUGGAUGACUGUGGGGGUGCCUUCACCAUGGGGAUGAUUGGUGGAGGUGUCUUCCAGGCUGUCAAGGGCUUCCGCAAUGCUCCAGUGGGUAUCAGGCAUCGUUUAAAAGGUAGCGUGAAUGCAAUCAGAGUUAGAGCACCACAGAUUGGCGGCAGCUUUGCCGUCUGGGGUGGGCUUUUCUCCACCAUUGACUGUGGCUUGGUGAGGAUGCGGGGUAAGGAGGAUCCUUGGAACUCCAUCACCAGUGGUGCUCUCACUGGGGCUGUCUUGGCAUCACGCAGUGGGCCCUUGGCCAUGGUAGGUUCAGCUAUGAUGGGAGGCAUCUUGCUUGCCCUGAUAGAAGGCGUUGGGAUUUUGCUGACGAGGUACACCGCCCAGCAGUUCCAAAAUCCUAACCCCUUUGGAGAAGAUCCCAGUCAGCUGCCUCCCAAAGAUGGCUCACCGUCUGCAGGGUAUCCAGGCUACGGACAUUAUCAGUGAAGCAGUUUGUGGCCAGGGAUCCUUAUGUUUUUGCUGGGAUGGGGCAGGCAUUUCCCCCUGAGUCUACCUGCGCCCCUUCACCAACACCACAAACAAACAAAGCACGCAACAGAAUUGAUUCUUAGAGUUUUCUUCAAGGGGGAACAGAAUGUGUUCUUUUUGGAGCAGUGUAUAAUACCUACCUCUCGGCAGCAGGGGGCUUGGGUGCUGGAGAGAUGCACCUCACGGUGAGUUCCAGGUGUGCUGAAGCAGCUGGAAAUGACACUGCCACACCUCCAAACCGUAGGGUAGCUUUGCUUACUUUAGAAGUCCUGUGCGUGGGGUGAUGAUCCUUGACUGUGACAAAGGACUUCAGAAGGGGUCCUCCCUGACUUCCGGGUUAUGGGGGGGCGGGCGGUGUCUUCUUGCUUUCUCUGUAUAUUGAGAGAAUAUCUUCCAGGUUGGCUGACAGAAAUCAUCAGCCGAGCAGUAGGUUGGAAAGCGGGUUACAGUUAUAGCACAGAGGAGCUGUGGGGGUGUAGUGUGAACCCCAGCUCUUAUUUUGCCAUGAUGAAGUUAUAUUAUGCUACUUGGUUCUAGGUCAGAUCUCCAAGGUAAAUGCCGCUCUGGUGUGAGGGAUGAUCCAGAAGCUGGUGCUCAGUUCCCCAUCUGUUUCUACAGUUGGCUUGAGAGUGCAAAAGCAGGGAUUCCUGAAACAUUUGGCAAGCCACAAUGGGAACCUUUGCAGGGUGGGCUGCAUUCAGCUUGGGGGGGGGGUCAAGGGUUUUGUCGGCCCGACCCAGAGCCAAGGUUUACGCUGAUGACAUCUUGCAUUUCUCUCUGGAAUCUUUAACCAAGACAUCUUAGAGAGAGAGAAAGAGCAAGUCUUGCCUGCUUACAGUUUCUGUUCAGCCUGUGAAACCUUCAGCUGUAGCUCUGAAAUGAUCAAAGCUCUAUUGUAAUCCAGGAUGACAUAAUCCCCCACAUCCAAACCAAGCUGCCUCUGAUCCUCAAAGAGUAUUUUGAAUGCCAUUUAAUAUGUUCAUGAUGCUGAGCCGUAGUGGGCCAACUGUUGUACAAAGGCCAACGAACCUGGUCUGCUGCUCCCACUUGUUAAGAAACACACGCAGAGACUGUGAUGAUCAGUAAAAUUGGAUGCCUGUUAAUAAAAGCAGGUCCAACAUUG